AUGGUUGACAAGACAGGCCCAAAUGAACAGCGUACGAUCAGCCGGGAACACUGCGAGUUCUAUAAUGCGGUCGUCAUCGGUGCCAUCUACGAAUUUUCCGGAUCAGGAAUCGACGUCCGCUCAAGCCGCUCUUUUUAUGGUGCCGUCAAAAGAUGCGUCGACAAAUAUCCAUCGUUGAGUGUGGUUGUGCGAGACAUGCAUACUGAUGCGGCUUUCUUCGAACGCGUGGCAAGAAUCAACCUGGAAGAACAUAUCUGCAUCGUGGGAGAAGAUGAUGUCAAAACAUUAGCGACCACAGACAGUGACGACGAUGACUUGAAGAAAAUAGAGGCCUUACUCCCCUCUGUUCAGGAUCGGCCGUGGCCAACAUCGCCGCCGCCUUGGAGAGUCAUUGUGCUUCCCUUGUCUUCUCCAGAACUGCCAAACAGUGAGCAAAGACGCUGCUUCGUUGCGUUUUCUUUCUCACAUGCCCUGGGAGAUGGCAUAAGUGCGCUCGCCUUCCACCGCACGUUCAGAGGCGGGAUCUUUGAUCAAGUCGACGAGGAUUGCUCAGCCCUGGAGAUCACCCUCGCAGACUACCCAGCUCCAUUCGAUACAGCCAAGAAUCUACCCAUCUCCUGGGGGUUCCUUCUCGGACCUUUCUUGGCUGUUCUCUUGCCUAACUUCGUAUCGGAUCUACUGGGGGUACGUGCGACCACGAGCGCCGUGGGUGCUAAAACUUGGACCGGCACCAAGAUGUUUUUCGACCCAAAGUCUUUCCGCAGUUGCAUCAGACUGAUCGACAUUCAACAUCCGGAAGUUGAGAACAUGCUCCGUGUGGCAAGAACGAACGGGGCCAGGCUCACUGCGACGAUACACCAGUCCAUCGUACGGGCGUUGAGCAGAGCAAUUCCUCGUAGAGAGGCGGCCAACUUCGUUUCGGGCACGGCCGUUAACAUGAGACGUUCUGUCGGCGUUUCAGAUGACGAGAUGGGCUUCUUCGUCAACGCAUGCUUUGAAUCCCAUGAUCGGGAUGAUGCUUGGGCCUCUCCCUGGAACGAAAGGACAUGGGCAAGUGCGCGGUCCUUGACCGAGAAGCUGGCGGAGUGCGCCGUGACUCUCGAGGAUCAGCCGGUAGGCUUGUUGCGAUAUAUACCCAGUAUCCGCAGUUGGACUGCGGCAAAGAUUGGAAAAGAGCGAGACAGCUCCUAUCAAGUCAGCAACUUGGGGGCUUUUGAGGCUGCCGCACCGUGCAACCCUUCAAGGGCUGGUCGAUGUGACAUCACCAAGAUGGUCUUCUCGCGGUCUGCCGACGCAACUUCUGCACCUUUGGAAUUCAGCGUGGUUAGUGUCAAAGGCGGCAGUAUGGUGAUUUCUAUGGGGUGGCAGCCUGGAGCGAUUGGAAUUCCCGUAGAGUCGGAGCCGGCAUUUGUCGAAGGGUUGGUUGCUUUUCUGGUGGAAGAUCUUCAGAAUAUCAAUGCGAAGUAG